UGUAUUAAUUUGAAAGAAAUUGAGGUCCUCCAUAAUAUCUAUGUAUAUAUGUAUGUAUUUUUUUUUUCCUAAUUAUGUAUGUAUGUAUAUUAGCUUUAAAGCUAUGAAAAUUUGUUGAUUUGGUUAUGGGUGGUUGUUUUUUGUUUUUUCAGAAGUACAGGAUCUCAAAAUUCAUUCCAGAAUCAUCCAGUAGAGGCAAGUUUGAGAGGAGAAGCAUUUCAGAGCUACUGCCCAACUUCAGCACAACAUCCGGCGCUCAACUUAAGGAAGCGUUACAAACGCAAAUAGACGCACAAAGGCGAAUGAGUGACCAACUCGAGGUUCAAAAGAGCUUGAAGCUUAAAAUUGAAGCACAAGGAAGGUAUUUAGAGAGGAUCGCGGAGGAGUACAAAAACCGUUCAAAGGUUGCAAAGCCUAGCAAGCCGUUCUCUCCUACAUCACUACCUUCACUUUGUGAUGAAUCAGAAUCAAUCAUGAAGGAAUUUGAAUCCGAUUCAGAAUUCGACAGAGCUGAAAUAAGGAUGGAUGAAGAAUUUCGAGCUCAAAAGAGGCUUAGAGUAGUGGAGGAUGAUGUUUGGCAGCCGAGAUAUAAAUUUCCAUCACCGAGGAGUUCUGAAUCUUAUACUACAAAUCAAAACAUGAUUCUUGAUAGAGGUGGGAAAAUUUCAUAUCCAUCCCACGAAAUGAGCUUUCCUUGGAGUGUCACAGCCUGCCAAUCGCCUCUAAUUCCAGCUUUAUAUGAUUCUUAUAAUUAAUAUUCUGAUAAAAAGUAAAAAUAAAAGUUCCAAUGCUCUAUGACAUUGUUUAUUGAACAUUGAGAGUGAUAAUGUAUUGGGUGUUAAUUGAAGAUUUGUUGGUCAGAUUGUACUACAAAUAAAGACCAACUGUGCUGUAUAAUACUGUAUUCGAUAUGGAUUUG